UAAUGAUUUUUACUGAGUGUUAAGUAAUUGCACCUAUAAUUCUAUAUAGUUGCAUUUCUAUGGUGUAAUAUAUGUAUGUUAAACCUUUAAAUGACUAAUCAUAACAUUCUAUUGGACAUAGAUAUAUGUGUGCCUCUGUGUGUGUGCGUGUGUGUAAGUGUAAUUGUAGUGAUCGGGAUAGAGAAGAAAUUACGUCAUUUAGAUUUGAAUCUGUUGAAGUUUGUAAUUACUUGUUUUACGUUCUUAAUAAAUUAAGAUACACUGAUAAUAUAAUUAAUAAAUCGAUAGAAUUAUAAACGAAAAGAUAUAAGUAGUUACGAUUAACAAAUAACAUGCCCACCGCCGAGUCUGCUGAAUCGUUAUUGGGUGCAAUGUAUACUUCUCAAAAGGAUGGAAACGAUGUGACAGGUGAUGGUUCUGAGUCUAAUCCUUUUAAGACAAUUUUAAGAGUAAUGCAUUAUGUAGGACAAGAACCAUUUCCACCAAUUUAUCAAGAUUCUCACGAAGUUGGCAAAAAGUAUGAAUUAGUAUCAAAAUCACAAUUAAAGAAAAUGCAGAAAAUUUGGUUGAAAGAACGAUAUAAAGAUGAAGACAAGAAAAAGAAGUUAUUUGAGGAUGAAGAAAAGAGAUUGAAAAAUUUAGAAGAGGCUAAAGCAAUUACAAUUCAAGAAGACAAUACAUUGCCACCUGCAGUUCGUAUAAAAAUUAGAGAAAGUGUUGAUCAUCGGGAUCAACGAGUAAAACUCUUUGGUUGGGUGCAUAGACUUAGGCGUCAAGGACGAGCACUUAUGUUCAUAACAUUGAGAGAUGGAACAGGUUUUCUACAAUGUGUACUUAGUGAUACCUUAUGUCAAACGUACAAUGCAUUGACUUUAUCCACGGAAGCUUCUAUUGAAGUAUUUGGAAGUCUUAAAGUUGUGCCAGAGGGAAAAAGUGCUCCAAAUGGGCACGAAUUACAUGUUGAUUAUUGGACAUUAAUAGGAGCAUCUCCUCCUGGUGGUGCAGAUUCUAUUUUAAACGAACAAGCACUUCCCGAUGUGCAGUUAGAUAACAGACAUAUUAUGAUUCGUGGUGAAAAUACAUCUCGAAUAUUAAUUAUGAGGUCCACGUUGAUGCAGGCAUUUAGAGCUCAUUUCAGUGAAAGAGGUUAUUGUGAAAUAACACCACCAACAUUAGUGCAAACACAGGUAGAAGGUGGCUCGACGUUAUUUAAAUUAGAUUACUUUGGGGAAGAAGCAUUUUUAACUCAAAGCUCACAGCUUUAUUUAGAAACUUGCAUUCCGUCAAUGGGUGAUGUAUAUUGUAUCGCACAGUCUUAUAGAGCAGAACAAUCUAGGACUCGAAGACAUCUUGCAGAGUAUACACAUUUGGAAGCGGAAUGUCCAUUUAUUACAUUCGAUGAAUUGCUAGAUCGAUUAGAAGAUCUAAUAUGUGAUGUUGUUGAUCGUGUCCUUAAUUCACCUCUUGGUUAUCUUGUUAAAGAAUUGAAUCCUCAUUUUAAAGUACCAAAAAAGCCAUUUAAAAGAAUGGAUUAUAAAGAUGCGAUCGAGUUUCUUCGAGUUAACAAUAUAACAAAAGAUGAUGGAACAUUUUACGAAUUUGGUGAAGACAUUCCAGAAAUGCCGGAAAGAAAAAUGACUGAUGCAAUAAAUGAACCGAUAAUGUUAUGUAGAUUUCCUGCAGAAAUUAAAUCAUUUUAUAUGCAACGUUGUGCGGAUGAUAAGCGUCUUACAGAAUCAGUGGAUGUACUGCUACCGAAUGUCGGUGAAAUAAUUGGAGGUUCCAUGCGUAUUUGGAAUUAUGAAGAGCUGUUGGAAAAUUAUUCCCACGUAAAUAUUGAUCCAAAACCAUAUUAUUGGUAUAUUGAUCAGCGAAAAUAUGGAACUUGUCCUCAUGGUGGAUACGGACUAGGUGUUGAAAGAUUUCUAUGUUGGCUCCUAAACAGAUACCAUAUACGUGAUGUAUGUCUUUACCCACGUUUUUUGGAACGCUGUCAACCUUAAACUUCCUAUCCAUUAUGAUUUCUUAGCAUAUAAACUAUGUACGCUUUUAAAAAAUUAAUAUUUACAUAAUUAUCGCAAAAUUACUAUUGUUAAUAUUA